GGGAAUCAUUCGCAGGUGCCAGUAAGCGGUUGGAUCACGUUCUGCUCGUACGCAUUCAUCGAGUCCCCAUCGAAUACAACUAUCGAUAUUAAACACGAUAAUCACGAUUUAAUAAAAAGUGAAAAAUACAUUUCUUGUGAAUUAUACAUGACUUGUGAGCAGUGAAAUAACUUCAAUUGAAAUUUCGAAGAUAUUUAAAAGGGAACAUUUUUAAAAGAUGAAGGUUUUGACAGUUGAUAAAGUGGCAAGUGUUGGAGAAGAUAACGAGCCAACUGUCGUGGUGGAAAGUGCAAAGUUGACCAAAGAGGAAUUAAAUAGAGGUUGUCCUCUUGGAGUCUCUCGGGUAACGAAUUCAGUAUACGUGUGUGGAGCACACGCCCUGCCUGGUGCAGUGAAAGCACUCCAUCCAGGCCUGAUCGUUAGUGCAGCCCCGGAACUGCCACCUCCACCUGAAGACGAUGUACCAAGGCAUUUUGUUCCACUCCUCGACACUCCUAAUUCUGACAUGCAUCCUUAUAUGGAACGAGUUGCUAAUCUGAUUAAUGAGGUUGUACGCAAUGGGGAAGUAGUUUUGGUCCACUGUGUGGCAGGAGUGUCAAGAUCGGUGACACUGUGUCUGGCAUACUUGGUCAAAUGGCAGAAGAUGUCACUUAGAACCGCAUACCAUCACAUGAAACAGAGAAGGCCACAAAUUCGACCGAAUACAGGAUUUUUCAAACAGCUAAUUAAAUACGAAGAAAGGCUCUUCGGCGAAGCGUCGGUUAAGAUGGUUUAUUGUGAAGCCAUCGAUAAAGAAAUACCCGACGUGUACGAGCCAGAAUACAGUGCAAUGACUUGGUUCAGACAACGGUAUGGACCCAUAGAGAGUUAAAGAUUGAAC